AUGCGUCUCUACACGCGCCUCCGCGCAUCACCGUCUCCGCCGCCUAUCCGUUUCUCUCUCGGCCCUCGGUCAAAUUUAGUGCAUUUGAACUUCCCCAAUAAUUUCUUGCCUAGUUAUGGCAAGCCCAUCCCCAGAACUUCGUUUUACUGUAAUGGGCUCCGGCCAUUUUCGCAUACUUACAGCGCAACAGAGGAAGAGAAUACUGAUAAACUGAGAAGAAAUCUUGAGGCUGUGGGAUUAAAUGCUGAUUGUUGUAGGCCUGGACAAUAUGAUAUUGUGUAUUGUCCCAAGUGCAAAGGUGGGCAGCCUAUACAUAGAAGUCUCUCGGUUUACAUAAGUCAAAAUUGGAAAAAAAAUACGGAGAAAGUGCUUCACGGACUUGAUGACAUAGCUGGUUCGGACGAGAUUAUAAUUGUUGAAGGUGAAAUAGACAAACUAUCUGUUGAAGAAGCUGGUUUUUUCAACUGUGUUAGUGUUCGGUGUUCCAGGUGGCGCACCACAAACAGUUUCGCCCAAAGAGGUUCCAUCUCCAGAUAA